UAUAUAUGUAUAUAUAUGCAUAUAACAGAUCGAAUUAGAUAUAUGUUCCUGAAAAUAUUGGUAUUUGUGAUUUGCUUAUUUUUUCGGAUAUUGUAUUUUAGUAUUUGAUUUGUUUCGUAGAGUUACGGAUAUCCAGAUUUUUUGGUUCAAAUCAAAACGGAUAACGAAUCAAAUCAAAAUUUAUGAAUAUUUUUUGCUCAACUUUAUCCAUAAAUAAUAAAAAAUAAUAUCCAAAAAAAUAAGUGUAUCUAUCCAAGUUUUAUAUUGAUUCGUUAUCUAUAUUUAUUCGAACUAAAAAAUCUAAAGUUUUAUUGGAACUAUGUAUCUAUCCAAGUUUUAUAUUAUAAAAAAUGUAAAGUAUAUAGUAUGAACACAUUUAUAAAUAUAGUAUGAACGUAUUAACAUAUUUAUUAUCAAAUCAUUGUGAAACUAUCACGUGUUUAUUAUAGUGUGAAUGCAUUUAUUACCAUUUUUUGUUUUAAUAAUAUUUGAUUACGGACCGAGACGGAGUAUAUUUUUGGCAAUUUAAUUGUUUGUUUUUAAGUAACAGUUGGGUCACGCGAGUUCGGUUUUAAAGAGAUAUGGGCUUGUAGAGAGUAAGGCCCAAUAAGGACAACUGGACCACAACGUAAUCGAGACUUGCUAGAGAAGCCUUUACCUCUUCUUCGUCUUGUUAAAUGUUAGCAGUGACUGUCGCCCUCUUUCAAUUCGUUUCAGAGAAGUCUCGCCAUUUCCCUCCACUCGCAAAGUCUCAAUUUUUGCUUUCACUGGAAUCUUAUUCCGAUUGAGAGAAAUGACGACAAUGGAGCAGCGUAGAACCCAGAAUGCUGUUCAGCAACAAGACGACGAAGAGAUCCAGCACGGCCCUUUCCCCGUCGAACAGCUUCAGGCGGCAGGUAUAGCUUCUGUUGAUGUAAAGAAGCUUAGGGAUGCUGGUCUUUGCACUGUCGAAGGCGUUGCGUAUACUCCAAGGAAGGAUCUCUUGCAGAUUAAAGGAAUCAGUGAUGCUAAGGUUGACAAAAUCGUAGAAGCAGCUUCAAAGCUGGUUCCUUUGGGUUUCACUAGUGCUAGCCAGCUCCAUGCUCAGAGACAGGAGAUCAUUCAGAUUACCUCUGGGUCAAGGGAGCUUGACAAAGUUCUUGAAGGUGGAAUUGAAACCGGAUCUAUCACCGAGUUAUAUGGCGAGUUCCGCUCAGGAAAGACUCAGCUGUGCCAUACACUGUGUGUAACUUGUCAACUUCCCAUGGAUCAAGGAGGUGGAGAGGGGAAGGCAAUGUACAUUGAUGCCGAGGGAACAUUCAGGCCACAGAGACUUUUGCAGAUAGCUGACAGGUUUGGAUUAAAUGGAGCUGAUGUACUGGAAAACGUUGCCUAUGCGAGGGCGUACAACACUGAUCAUCAGUCAAGGCUUUUGCUUGAAGCAGCGUCAAUGAUGGUUGAAACAAGAUUUGCUCUCAUGAUUGUGGAUAGUGCCACCGCUCUCUACAGAACAGAUUUCUCAGGAAGGGCAGAGCUUUCGGCCAGACAAAUGCAUCUUGCAAAGUUCUUGAGAAGUCUGCAGAAAUUAGCAGAUGAGUUUGGUGUGGCUGUGGUUAUAACAAACCAAGUAGUUGCGCAAGUAGAUGGUUCUGCUCUUUUUGCUGGGCCACAGUUUAAGCCGAUUGGUGGGAAUAUCAUGGCUCAUGCAACCACAACAAGGCUGGCAAUGAGGAAAGGAAGAGGGGAGGAGAGGAUAUGCAAAGUGAUAAGCUCGCCAUGCUUGCCAGAAGCAGAAGCUAGAUUUCAAAUAUCUACAGAAGGUGUAACAGAUUGCAAGGAUUGAUGUGUGUUUGACUUGCUUCUUCUCUCUGCCUUUGUAUGUCCUUUGUAAUCAUCUUCACUUGUGAGGUGAAGAACCCUUUUUCCCUUUUGGUUCUCGUCACUGUGGAUCAUGAAUUAGAUUGCGUAAGCAUACAAGUAGUGACGAGGGAGCAAAUUUUAGAUUUGUAAGUAGAGGUUUUCCAGGUACUGAAAGUUGGUACCUUGUGUGUAAAGCAAUACUUUGACAUAGGGUUUAGCCUAUUCUUGUUUUUCUUCCUUUUUGGCUCAGCUUAUUU